CUUUUGUCACAUUGGUCUAUCAUAUCCUGCUGCACAUAAGUAUAAUUUAAUUAGAAUCGGCAUCCGUCUUCCAACAUGGCUGGAGAAACUUCUCAGAUGCCAUAUUGGCUCAACUUCUUUGUGAAUGCUGGAAUUCCUCCUGGAGAAGCUACGAAUUAUGCUGUAACUUUUACUGAUAACCGCAUACAGAAGGACAUGUUGCUUGACUUGACAAAAGAAUAUCUCAAAGAUAUGGGGAUCACAUUGCUGGGUGAUGUCAUCUCCAUCUUGCGUCAUGCUAAAUCAGUCCAUGCUCAGGAAGCACGUGAUAAAGCAUUGAAAUGUUCAGCAAAUACCAGUAAUAACACAACGUCCCCAGCUACUUCAACACCACGGAGGUCGACAGCUGCAAGUCGGAUUGUGGAUUAUUAUUUAGGAAAAGAUCCAAACGCUGUCCCUAUGAAUCAGCAGCAGCCAGCUAAACUCUACGACGAUGUCUCUUCAUCAGAAAAGUGGAAGAAUUCACGGAAGUCGUCUGUAUUUGAACGUCUUGGAGACAGUAGCAGCGGCAUCAACAGUAGCAGCAACAACAGUCCUGGGUCUACGAAAAUUACUCUUACUGGUUCUGGUAAUGUCAUUGUCCGAAGUACGAGUUCUUCAAAGGUAUCAUCGACGACAACACCUCCAGGUGGUUCCACACCUUCAUCUGUCUUUGCUCGUCUUGGAGACAAACCCACCCUCAAACGCCCAGCAAGUUCAACAUCCGGAGAUGAUAAUGGCAGUGGCCCACCGCUGGAAUAUGCUGGAAUUUUAAAAGCUUUAUCUGGUCAACCAAAACAAAAGAAAGCCAAACAAACUAAAUCUAUUAACAAGACUGGUGCUGUGUAUAAGAAAAUUACGUCUCAAUUAAAAAGUGCUGCUGCUGUGUCAACAACAAAUACUUCGAAUUCUAGUGUCUCUCUUUCACAGAAAUGUAACACUUCUUCUAGUCUGGAUACUCCAAUAACCACGGCUGGCAUUCUAUCACCUGAUGCCAAACCUUUGGAAUCUGUGAGUGUGAAACAAAGACUAGGCAAGAUCACCACAGCGCCAGCAACAAGUACGACAUCCAAAAAAAAUCUUGAAAAAUCAGAAUCAUCUGAUGUUUUAUCAAAAAAAGGCGUCAAAUCUCGUCUUGGACUCCAACGAUGUUCAGAAGUAAGCUCCACUGCAGAUGACCCCCAAGACACAGAACCUCUCAAUGGUGACAGCAGUGGGGUCUUCAGUCGUCUUGGGCGGCCCAUACUGAAAUCAUGAAGUCUCCACUGUAAUAAAACCAUUGUACAUCUUUCCAUACAGACCAGUUUCAUACACAUCCAUACACACACACACAUACAUACAUACACUUACAGGUAUACACAUACAUAUCACACACACACGCACACACUUAUAUAUAUACACAUCCACAUAUUUUGCAUUUUUAUACAGAUCUCACGAAUGCACAUAUUACACAAACACAUGCUCACACACACACACAGACACAUACAUAUACAUACGUGUGUGUGUACACCAACCAUAUAAUGCCCACCACCACUACUUGCAGUUUGACCAAACUAUGCAAUCAAAAACUGACAAUGUACCAUGAAAAAAUAUUCUCCCCCUCCUCUCUCUCGCCUCCCCACCCAAGAAAACAUUAAAAAAAAAAGCUGAACAGUGUUCCCCGCACAAUUAUCAGUUUACUCUUCCUCCUCCCCGCCCCGCCCCCCCUCUCACUAUUUGAGAAGAUAUAUUUAUUUAAAUUUUUGAUGAACAAAAUUUCUGCUCUCCUCCCCUGUUUUAAUUUCCCCCCUGAUUAAUUUCAACAUAAACAGUCGUCAGCCCCCUAUUUUCUUAUAUUUGUCUGCAAUUCAUUGCUAUUCCCCUUUCUCCUCCAUAGAGUUUUCCACUGAAGACAGUUCUGUAACAAUGACAUUAUUCUCCCUUGAAGUCUACAACAUCAGAAGCAGCAGCAGACCCUCUACAGACUUGCAAAAUUCCUCUUCCUGUGGAAAUGGUCUAAAUUAGUUGUUACUGUUUUUUUUUUUUUUUUAUAUUCUUUAUUUUUACUCAAAUAAUUUCUUUUCAUUGCUCAAACCAAUGAUUCCUGCUUUGUAAUGCAGAUAUUUUAGCAACAAUGCUGAUUGUUCAGCAAUUUUAGUUAGAUGUCUGCUGAAUUGCUCACUAUAGUAGUGAUAAUAUGGACAGAUGUAUGUAUGUAUGGAUGGUCAUAUAUGGUCACCAUGUAACAACACUUCAAGGAACAAACAAAGGAUGAUUUCUUCAAAGUUUGUUAAUUAGUUCGUUAAGAAAGUUGAGGAGCAGCAGUAACGUCCUCUGCUAAAUGCCUCACACAAUAAUAUUUAGUUUGUUACAUUUAUGUUCUAAGUUAAAAUUCUGCCAGGUUUAACUUCACUUUUCACGUCUCUCUAAACACAUUGGGGCCAAUUCAGUUAAUUACAGGUGUACAAAUUAGCAACAUGCCACCUGAAAUAGAACCAGGACUCUAUAUGUUAUACAGGUAUCUCUCCUUGUCGGCCAUAUGUAUUUUUGAUUCUCAUACGAUCCCAGUCGUGGCAUUGUGGUUAAGAAGUUUGCUUUAUAGCUACAUGGUUUGGGGAUCAAACCCACUACACUGCUAAGUAUCUUCUACCACAGUCUUGUGCUGACUAAAAGCCUUGUAAAGGAAAUUUGGUUGACAAAAGCUAUGUGGAAACCUGUUUGAAAGGGUUCACUCCUGUUUGUAGGUGGCUGACUUAAUCUGGCACUUCCCCAUGACCUGUUUUUAUGGCCUUCAAGACUGGCAGAAGAAAUGGAGAAGUUAUCCUCAGACGUGGGACCUAACCCAAAUGCUUUCAACAACAGAGCAGAUUCCACUAAAAGUCAUAGGUAUUGCCCUUUUGCCCUUCCUCUUCUCCCUAAACCAUAAAGAAAAACAAGAAAACCCCAAAAAGAUUUAAAAAUUAAGGAAAUAUGUGAUCUACUUUUAAUGUAGACUAAAGAAAUAUAUUUUAAAAAUUCAGGUUUUA